GUAGAGUAGCUUAUACUGGGAGAGGUCGGGAAGCAAGUCAGAGAACAGACACUCUCUCUCUCCUUGAGUUGAUAAUGGCUGACCUGGAGAGUGUUCUGGCUGAUGUGUCUUACCUAAUGACGAUAGAGAAGUCCCGCAAUCCUGGAGCAAAGACUUUAAAGAAGAUAGUCCUGCCUGACAACAGUGUCCAUGACGUGGUCCACAAGUGGCUCUCGUUCAAGAAUGAGCUCAACUUUCACAGAAUACACAAGCAAAGAAUGGGUACUUAUUUUCUUGAGAAGUUCAUUCCCCCAUUGUGUGUUACUUAUUCAUUCCUAAAGGCGAUUCUUGAUUACGAGAAGACGUCCUCCAUUGUUAGUAGACAAAAGAAAGCUAAACAGAUUUAUGAUAAAUACAUUUAUGCUGACAUGCUGGCAAUGUCCUCAAAAAUUCCUAAAGAAAUUACGGAUAAAGUGACAGUAUCGUUAAAAGCAAAUGAAGUUUCAACAAAAUUAUAUGGGGAGAUUAAAGAGUAUCUUUAUGACGAGUUGACUGGUCUAUACAUGAAGGACUUCAUUCACAGCUCCCAUUAUGUUCGUUACUGUCAAUGGAAAUACAUUGAACUAUCAGUCCCUCACACAAUAAGUUUAAGUGAUUUCAAUGUUCAUCGUAUCAUUGGUAGAGGAGGUUUUGGUGAAGUGUUUGGUUGCCGGAAAGAUGAUUCUGGGAAAAUGUUUGCUAUGAAACUGCUCGACAAGAAGAGGAUUAAAGUGAAGAGAGGAGAACUGCUAGCACUGAAUGAAAGGAAUAUGCUGGCAAAAGUCAACAGUCCAUUUGUUGUUAAUCUUUAUUAUGCCUUUCAGACUCCAGAGAAGUUGUGCUUCAUUCUUGAUCUAAUGAAUGGAGGUGAUCUUCAUUAUCAUUUGACUCAACAUGGAGUAUUCAACGAAGCAGAAGUUCGGUUUUAUGCAGCUGAACUAAUUCUGGCACUUGAGCACAUUCAUUCUCAGCUGAUAGUCUAUCGGGACCUUAAACCCUCUAAUGUCCUGUUGGAUGAGGCCGGGCACAUAAGGUUAUCUGAUCUUGGACUGGCUUGUGAGUUCUCUGAUCGGAAACCUUCUUCCUGUGUUGGUACCCACGGGUAUAUGGCCCCGGAGGUUAUUCAAAAAGGAGUUCAUUAUGAUAAAAGUGCUGAUUGGUUCUCUCUUGGUUGUGUCCUUUAUAAGCUCCUCCGUGGUCACAGCCCCUUCAGGUCACAGAAUAAAGAUGAAGUGGAUCAGAUCACACUCACAAAGGAGGUUACUAUGCCUAGCUCAUUCUCUCCUGGUGUCUCUCAAUUAUUAACUGGACUGCUGGAAAAGGACCCUACUAAAAGACUGGGCUGCCUGGAUACAGGGGUUGAUGCUAUUAAAGAGUUACCGUUCUUUUCUGAUCUCAACUGGGACGAUGUGAUGGAGAAAAAGUAUGCCCCGCCCCUAAUCCCACCCAGAGGUGAGGUGAAUGCAGCUGAUGCUUUUGAUAUUGGCUCCUUUGACUCUGACGAGACAAGAGGAGUUAAAUUAAAUGAUGAAGAUCAGAAGAUGUACAGUCGAUUUAAUGUGGUGGUAUCUGACAGGUGGCAGGCAGAAAUGAUGGAGAGUGUGUUUGACUCAGUGAAUCAAGAUAAGGAGAAGCAAGAAGGAAAGGAGCGAUCAAAAAGCAAAAAUGGAAUAUUACCAUUCUACACUGCUGAUGGAUCCUUCACUGAUGACUCUCUCCUCCAGGGCUAUGGGAGCAAGCAAUCAACAGCUGCCAUGUUCACCCACUGGCAAAGGAAGUAUUUUAAACUCUAUCCAAACAGGUUGGACAUUGGAGACAGUUUUACUUCGAUGAGCAAAGGUUUGGUCUCAAUAAGUUUCACGGAGUCUUCAAUUUUAGUCGAAUCAAAACAGAUCAAAGGAACGGACAUCAUAAGACUCCAACCAAUAGGAACAAGGAGAGAGACAUGUAUAAAGUUUGAGUCACAGCUGGAGCACCAGAUGUGGUUCCGGUUCCUCAGAGAUGCUAUACACAAACACGACUCCACGAAGGACCCAAGUGGCCCCAUAGCACUGGAAGAUGGAGGACUCAUUCAGAGGAGACAGAUAUCGGACAGUCCAGCAAGAAGGGCACGGGAACUUGGAUACACCAGGAGUGUCCCCAUUCUAUAGGUCGUUGCUCAAACCAAACCCAUCCAUAAUCACAAUGAAUGUGGGAAGCCACACCUCUUUAUUGUAGUUCAGACCGUUUUUAUAUUGUGUAGUGACCUGGUCAAUAUUAAUUUUUAUUAUUAAUUAUUAUUAUUAUUGUUUUCGUUAAUUUCACAUACACUUUUUCAUGUUAUUUUUAACCGUAUUUCAGCACUAUUAUGAACGAUUGUUAUUCUUAUUUUGUUCUUAUGUCCUGUAUUCUGUGG